CAAGGGGACUGGAUUACUUAAUCCUUAAUUAACUAACUAGCUGAGUUAACUAACUACCGGAGACCAAAGUCCGCGGAGGUUUGAUUUCUUGCUUUCUACUUGAUGCUUGUAUUACUGUACAAAGUCUCCGAGGAUAGUUUAUUCUGGGAGGUUCUUUGUCAAAGGGAAUAGAAAAGGAUAUUUAUUAUUAUCUAUUUUUUCCUGGAGCAGGUCGUGCUCUAACUAAUUAUCUAUCUAUUGUUCAUUUCCUUGCGCGAAACGGCUAGGUAGUUAAGCAGGGUCCCGACUCCCGAGCCUCACUCACGGAGUUCCUUACCGACCGACGGACGGGUUUGCUCGACCGACUAAACCAACAGAGUAAACAGAAACAGAAACAGAACAACCCCUCCCCUCCUCUCCUCCCAAAAGAAUUCCAAAAGACAAAAACGAAAAUGGGCCUCUGGCGAACAUCAUCACGCAAAUCCCAAAAGAGCAGCACCACCGAACAGACCGCCGCGCCCGAAGACCAAUCCCCCGACCCUCACAGACCCACGUCGCGGCAGGAUCCCAACCUCGAUGGAAAUCUGUCCAGAAAUGACCCCCAGGCGUCAGCCAGACAGGCUAAUAGCGAGGCAUGGCUAGCGGGCCAUCUGAACCAUUUGACGAAGGAGCAGGAGAGUGCGUUGCGGGAUUUUAAGAAGUUGUGUGAGGAGAAGGGGUAUUAUACACCGGCUAAGGCGGAGGGGGAGGAAGAAGGGGGGAAAGCGACGCAUGAUGAUGCGACGUUGUUGCGGUUCCUUCGCGCGCGCAAAUUCGAUAUCAACGCGGCGUUUCAGCAGUUCAAGGAUACGGAGGAAUGGAGAAAGGAUAAUAAGAUCGAGGCGCUCUAUGAGAAUAUAGACGUCGAGUCAUAUGAUGAGGCGAGGAGGAUGUAUCCCCAAUGGACUGGACGUCGUGAUCGUCGCGGAAUCCCCGUCUACGUCUUUGCUAUCAGACACCUCGACAGCAAGGCCAUGGCCGCGUAUACCUCCAAGGUGUCUCACUCGACCACGGCGGAGACGCACAAGUCCUCGACUGUCCCCGCGCGUCUCCUGCGUCUCUUUGCGCUCUACGAGAACCUGCUCCGUUUCGUCAUGCCGCUCUGCUCGCAGCUGCCGCGACCGAAUCCCGAAACGCCUAUCGUGACCUCGACGAAUAUCGUUGAUGUCAGUGGUGUUGGGCUGAGACAGUUUUGGAACUUGAAGGGCCACAUGCAGGAUGCGAGUGUGUUGGCGACGGCGCAUUAUCCAGAGACUUUGGAUAGGAUUUUCCUCAUCGGCGCUCCCUCUUUCUUCCCCACCGUCUGGGGCUGGAUCAAGCGAUGGUUCGACCCCGUCACGACAUCCAAGAUCUUCAUCCUCUCCGCAGACGAGGUGAAACCCACCCUGACCUCCUUCAUGCCCCUUUCCAGCAUCCCCAAGAAAUACGGCGGUGAACUCGACUGGGAAUGGGGCGACCUGCCGAAUCUGGACGAGCCCGCACGCGAAUUGAUCGGUGCUCUCGAAACCCCGGCUGAAAACAAUAAUGGAAAACCGGGAUUCCUCAAAGGUCCUGUCCUCUUCAAGGGCGAUAAGAUCGAAGUCCUAGGUUCGGAAGGAGGUGAGCCCCGAAGACGUGAGAUUCCUGUGGGGAAGAAGACCGACACCACCGACACCACCAACACCACUACCGAUACUACCGAUACUACCAACGCCGAUAUUGCAGCGGCCGCCACAGCAGCCGACGAAGCAGCAGCGCCUAUCACGAACCCGCUCCCCAGUCAGGACGAGGACGAGAAAGCCGCGCUGGAGAAGGAGUUUGCAGAUGGUGCGGUUUCUCCACAAGCUGCUACGACCUCUGCGUAGCAUAGCAUAGCAUGGCAUGAGUAUGAGCAUGGCAUAGCAUAGAAUAGCAUGGCAUGGCGUGACAUGAGCUUGUUGAGUUGAGUUGAGAGUCUGAGUAGUCAAUACUCAUAUUAGUAUGUAUGGUUAAUUAUGAAUUUUUUUUUCCCCCCAAAGAUUAGAUUUUCUAGAAGAAAAAAAGGGGGCGGGGGAAAGGAACUAAGACUAAGAUUAAGAUUGUCUGUUACUACUGUAAUAUAUUUUUAUCUUGUCUGAAUAUUUAUAUCUAGG